CCACUGUGCAAAGGAAAUCGACAAAAAUGUUGGUAGUCAAAACAAACGAAGAAGAAAAUGUUCAUCAAUAUUUACGCUUGUCAGAUUGUGAAAGGAAGAAAACUAGAAAAACGGAUUCAUUGAUUGGACAAAAUAGUUCAGCAGCACUUGAUUUGGGAGAUUCCGCUGCUAAGAGAUACACACGGGAUUUUUCCGCUGAGUUGUGAAUCGGUGUUAGAAAGUUAGGCACGGUAUCUUCAACAGUGAUUCACACGCUGCUUAUAUAGCAAAGUGAUAAGCGAUGUCCUUCAGAAUGGAUCAUUUCCUGGCGGAGUCAGCUCAGAUGGGAAUCGUGGAACCUAAGGAGCGAAUACGGCAGCUGGUGACUGCCAGUGCCACCGUAGAAGUAGACGGUAACAUUCCAAUAAAGCGGUAUUACCGAUCCGGGCUGGAAAUGGUUCGGAUGGCUCACGUUUAUCUUAAGGAAGAUAAUAUCGAAUGGGCUUACGUUUUAUAUAUGAAAUUUAUGACUUUGUUCCUGGAGAAAAUUCUGAGUCAUCCAGAAUAUAAAACAGUUCCGGCCGAUUUAAAACAACAAAAUCAGCAAAAGAUAAAGGAGGUACUUCCAGUGGCCGAGAAACUAAAAGUUAAAUUGAUGGAAAAGUAUACCACGGAAUAUAAGCAGUUUUUGGAAAACAAGCGACUAGAAAAGGAGCGUGACGAAAAAAGACGGCGAGAAGAGUUGGAGAAAGCUAAGGCGCUUUCGAUAGUGUCACCUUCUAAUUUUCCUCAACCAAGCGCUCCCUCAAUGCUGGUCGAUGCGGAAAUGCUGGAUCGUGUGCUUUAUCCUAAUGAUUUUCCAACGGAUCCUACCCGAGCCUCUGGGGGUGCUGGGUUACUGCUUCCGGACACCAAACCUUCAGCAAAGCCGGCAUUCGAUCGCACUCUGAAACCUUCGCCAACAUCCGUAGUGGCUGGCAGUCUGCGACCGGUAAUAGUUCCGACAGAUACGAUGAGCCGAUUUCUGCAGCUGGCUGCGAAGAAUACUAUGAACAAUAUCGAAACGUGCGGAAUCCUUGCCGGUCAGCUGGCACACAAUCAGCUGGUAAUUUCGCACGUUAUUGUGCCCAAGCAGAAAGGCACCUCCGACAGCUGUACAACGAUGAGCGAGGAAGAAAUCUUCAACUACCAGGACCAGAUGAAUCUGAUCACACUCGGAUGGAUCCAUACCCAUCCCAGCCAGACUGCGUUCCUUUCCUCCGUGGAUCUACACACGCAUUGCUCCUACCAGAUGAUGCUGGAAGAAGCCAUCGCAAUUGUUUGUUCGCCAAAGUACCAGGAAACCGGUUUUUUCUGUCUGACACCCAGUUACGGGUUAGAUUAUAUUUCCCAGUGUCGUCAGUCAGGGUUUCAUCCGCAUCCAAAGGAUCCUCCUCUGUUUAUGGAAGCCCUUCACUUAACGCUGGAGGAUAAGUUAUCGAUCGAGGUUGUCGAUUUGCGAUAAACGCUUACCGACACCAGAACAAAAUAUGCCUAAAAAAAUUGUUAAACUGUGUGCUACUAGCUUAUACACAUAAUCGAUAUUGUUCAUCGGAUUUAAGAGAGCAUUUUUGCCUACACAAGGCGCCAAAUUAGGCCACUGCAACUAUUUACAAAUUUACGCGUGUAUUUUUAAGGCGGCAGCCAAAUUGGAGCGUCGAAUAUUAGAAAAAAAAUGCAGACUAAAUUUAGUGUGAACUGUACUUUUGGCUUAUUUUGAAGUGCUUUAUUACGAGUAUGAAUUAUUGUGAGAAUAAUCCGCGAUGCAACUGUGAAUUAAGUGAGUGUUAAAAAAACGCGAUGUAUUUAUUAUAUGCACAUAUUGAAAAUGGAAUAGUUCCGAAUCUAGUUUUCAAUCGUAUUUAUAUAUGACUAAACACUUCGCAUAGAUCAACGCAAUUUUUAGUUACUACUAUCAUUUCGCAAUAUUAGUUUAGGUGGUAGUAGCGCAGGAGUGCCACUGUUCUGUUACUGUGUUUCAACGAAUAAAAUCGGUAACUAUGCUGUUAUUGUACUAGAUACGGUGAG